AUGAGCGAAACUGAUCAGUCAAUCACCAGAAACCCACUGAAAAAUGACUCCAGUGGCAAAUUCCAAGAGAGCGGAGGUAGCAACUGGAAGAGCAAUUCGAGCACCAGACGCAACAACAAAAAUAAAAACAACCAACAUCAGGAGAACGAUCAUAACAACCCCAACAAGAAGAGAGUGUGGCAGAAAAACAGGAGGAACAAUGGUAAUUACCAUCACGGAGGUUUCCACUCCCACAACGGGGGUUUCCAGGCCAAUCGAGACCCCAGCGGCCACCAGAACGGGGGAUUCGGGCUAACAUAUCAAAACUCUCCCAAUUACCAACCUCAGAACACCUAUAACCCGUUUGCAUACCACUCCACAUACCAGCACAACUAUGCACACAACGGAUCGACCAGCGGAGCUGAGCCACAGAACCAGUUGGCGAUCGUGGCGAAACCAAGCGGCAGCAACCAAAAUGGAGCUCUAGCCAUCGUGAACAGACAGAACGGUAGCGGCAAACAUAACUACCAAGAAACCGGAGCCAGGAUGAGAAUCCACUUGAGCCGCGAAGAUGAACCAGCAGAGGUUAACGUUGCCGUAACUGAUUACUAUCCUCUACCAACACGUCCCCCAAAAACAGUAGGCGAGAGACAGAAAGAGACCGAAGCCAGGAAGGCAAAGGAACGCAAGAGACGACUGCUGAGAACCGAGCGGGAGUGGUCCUCGAGCCAAGAAGCGGGACAGAAAAUGAACGAGGAGGAAGGCCGAGUCGUGAGUGAUCACUAA